GCCGGAGGUGAGCCACCCAAAAUGUAAAGUGAUAACUAAUGUCUAAUUGUCCAUUUAAGCCGCGGAGUAAAAUGGAAAAUCGAGCGAAACAUAUUUAAUGUGCAUUGAUUCUACUUGGUGCGUUGCAUCUUUACUUCUUCCAUCUUUCAACGUAUAUUCUCAUUCUCACACCUUUAAUACCACAUUACUUUCCAACACAAAACAAAACGCCCGAACAGAGUACAACAAUAGAAUACAAGAAAUGGCGAAAUCACCUGAAACCGAACUUCCGAUCAAAGCUCUUGGCUGGGCUGCUACUGACACUUCUGGCAUUCUCUCUCCAUUCCAAUUCUCCAGAAGGGAAAAUGGAGAAGAUGAUGUUGCGAUCAAGAUUCUGUUUUGUGGCGUUUGUCAUUCUGAUUUGCACACUAUCAAGAACGAUUGGGGUUUCACUACUUACCCUGUUGUUCCCGGGCAUGAGAUUGUUGGCAUUGUGACAAAAGUGGGAAACAAUGUGAAAAAAUUCCGUGUGGGGGAUAAAGUUGGUGUUGGUGUAAUGGUGGAAUCUUGUCAAACUUGUGAGAAUUGCCAGCAGGAUCUAGAGAAUCACUGUCCUAAAACUGUGUAUACCUAUAACUCUCCUUAUAAAGGAACAAGAACCCAGGGAGGCUAUUCUGAUUCAGUGGUUGUUCACCAGCGCUAUGUACUCCAGUUUCCGGACAACUUACCCCUUGAUGCUGGUGCUCCACUAUUGUGUGCUGGGAUCACCGUGUAUAGCCCGAUGAUAUAUUAUGGCAUGACUCAGCCAGGCAAACAUUUGGGAGUGGCUGGGCUUGGUGGGUUAGGUCAUGUUGCAAUCAAAAUUGGCAAAGCAUUUGGGCUGAAGGUUACUGUCAUUAGUACCUCUCCCGACAAGGAAAGAGAGGCCAUUGACAAACUUGGUGCUGAUGCUUUCCUUGUUUCCAGUGAUUCAGAAAAACUGAAGGCUGCUAGGGGAACCAUAGAUUAUAUCAUAGACACAAUUUCUGCUGUUCAUCCCCUGUUGCCACUGCUUGGCCUGUUGAAGCUGAAUGGAAAACUGAUCAAUGUGGGGUUGCCUAGCAAGCCCCUUGAGCUCCCCGUCUUUCCAUUAGUUGGAGGACGUAAGUUUAUAGGAGGGAGCAACUUCGGCGGGAUCAAGGAGACUCAGGAGAUGCUAGAUUUCUGCGCCAAGCACAACAUAACUGCUGAUAUUGAGCUGAUUAGGAUGGACCAAAUCAACACAGCAAUGGAAAGGCUUAGCAAAGCUGAUGUCAAAUAUCGAUUUGUGAUCGAUGUGGCCAACUCUUUCUCAAGUUUGUAGAGUUGAUAUCAACUUGGUUCUUCAACACUUCCUUAUAUGCUCAGGAUUUUUGAAUUUGCAUGUUGUUUCAUCUUCGCAGUGUUUUAGACUAAGUGCGUUUAAUCUAGUUAUAUUUUAUAUUAAAACUUAUCUUCAAAUUAAAGCUAAAAAUAAGAGCUUUUAAAAAUAAAGUUAGG